UAUCUCACACCACGCCUUGUCUUAAUUCUUCCUGGUCUCUCCCACGAUCACUCAACCACCGAGUUUAGAGCUAGUGCGUUCUCCUAAUACUCCACAGCGUCGUCAUCGUAUAUUUAUGUAGUGUAAUAUAACUUAACUGUCAUCCCUCGCGCUCUCCCAUCUUUUCGACAGAGCUAGAAGCUGUCACAUCCUAUUUAGAUCCUCUUUAGAUGCCCAGGAAACGGGGUGGCGUAUAGGUCUACCAUGUCUGGCUCUCACGAACACGAUGGUCAACAUGAGCAUUCGGAUUUUGUCGAGAAAUUGAAACAUCCAUUCCACGACCUAAAAGAGAAGCUUAAGGACACUCAUUUGUACGACGCAAAAGUUAGCCUCAUCCACAAGAAGCAUAAGCUCGGGAAACUUGGAAAUCUCUUUAAUCCGGAGCAUCGCCACGAUGAAGAACAUGAGAAAGCGUGCGACGAAAAACGCAACAGAAUUUCCAAGAAUCACCGUUUCAAUUCGUAUUUCCCCGAGCAUGAUGGCAACCUCAUCAAAUGGUAUGUUGAUGGGAGGGACUACUUCUGGGCUGUAUCUGUAGCUCUCGAGCAGGCGAAAGAGACUAUCUAUAUUGCGGACUGGUGGCUUUCGCCCGAGUUAUUCCUUCGCAGACCUCCUUAUUUUAAUCAAGAAUGGCGCUUGGAUAGAAUUCUCAAGCGUCGUGCCGAAGCUGGCGUGAAGAUAUAUGUUAUCGUAUACCGCGAGGUUGAAGCCGCACUAACUUGUAACUCCGAACAUACGAAGCAUGCGCUGCAGAGCUUAUGUCCUGAGGGUUCUCCAGGCUACGGUAACAUCAAAGUCAUGAGACACCCAGAUCAUAACUUUUUAGAGAAUGCCGCCGAUAUGACAUUCUACUGGGCCCACCAUGAAAAAUUCGUCGUCAUCGACUAUGCGAUGGCCUUUAUUGGAGGCCUAGAUCUCUGCUUCGGUCGCUGGGACGAUCACCAACAUAUCCUCUCUGACGUUCAUCCUGAAGGAGUCGCCAACGAAGUUUGGCCGGGCCAAGACUUCAAUAACAACCGUGUCAUGGAUUUUCAGAACGUCCAAGACUGGAAGCAGAAUGAGUUGAGUAAGGCUGACUAUGGGCGGAUGCCGUGGCACGACGUAGCCAUGGGAGUGAUCGGACCAUGCGUCUACGAUAUUGCAGAGCACUUUGUCCUACGCUGGAAUUUCAUCAAGCGAGAUAAGUAUAAGCGAGACGAUAGAUUCGAUUGGUUAAUGCUACGGGGCCGGGAGGGCGACGAUGAGGACCUUGUGGGUGUACAGCGACCUAAACAUCCGGUUGGGGAUUAUGUGCUUCACCCUUUAUCGCCACUGGAAAGCAAAAACCUCGAGGGGCGAGGAACAAUCCACGCCCAAAUCGUCCGAAGCAGCGCUGACUGGUCCAGUGGGGUACUUACAGAUUGUACCAUUGCAUCUGCAUAUUCGGAGAUAAUACGUAACGCUCAGCAUUACGUCUACAUCGAGAACCAGUUCUUCAUUACCGCAACAGGCGAUCAACAAUCCCCCAUUCAUAAUACUGUUGGAAAAGCCAUCGUUGACGCCUGUGUAAGGGCCGGUAGAGAAGGGAGAAAGUUCCGAGUUAUAAUUGUAAUCCCCGCCAUUCCCGGAUUCGCCGGCGAUCUUCGCGACGAUGCAGCAACUGGGACACGCGCCAUUAUGGACUAUCAGUACAAGUCGAUAUGCCGUGGCGAACAUUCAAUCUUCGAGCAGAUCAGGGUGCAGGGGGUCAAUCCGAGAGACCAUAUCUUCUUCUUUAACCUGCGUUCUUACGAUCGCUUAAACAAGACCCCCGCCAUCAGGAAGCAGGAAGAGGUCUCUGGCGUCAAGUACCAGGAGGUUCAGCGUGCUGAAGCAGAGGAGAUCAUGGGUGAAGGUAUCCACGGUAUCGCAGAUGUCGAGGGUGAACGAGAUGAGCACAUGGGUAAAAGAGAGCAGCAGAAGGAGAUUGCGGAAAAUACGAGGAGUAAUGAGGCCAAACGUCGUUUUGAGGAAGCCAAGCAGGAUGGCCAGGACACUCAAUCGGCCUCAAGUGUAGCUCAUCAUGCUAUGAUUGACACUGGUAUGCUUUCGGAAGAACCGUGGGAAGGUGAUCCCCAUGAGGAGGUUGAUAAUUGGAUUCAAGAGGAGCUAUACGUCCACGCCAAACUCCUUAUCGUCGAUGAUCGCACUGUGAUAUGUGGCUCGAGCAACCUAAACGACCGUUCUCAGUUAGGUAGCCAUGACAGUGAGCUUUCGAUCGUCAUGGAGGAUGCUGAUAAGAUCCAAAGUGUCAUGGAUGGGCAACCUUUUUCGGCAGGAAGACACGCAGCCACCUUGCGAAGAUAUCUUUGGCGGGAGCACUUAGGUCUGUUGCCACCGCAGCAGCACGAUGCAAGUAACGACCCAAACGCCCAGCCACCGGGAGAAAAUUCGCCCAACGAUAUAUGGGAUAGAGAUGACAGCUACAAGUUCGUCGAAGAUCCGAUGAGCGACAAACUCUGGGAUAUGUGGACCACCAAUGCUACGACAAACACGCAGAUUUUUAGACAUCUAUUCCACGCGGAUCCUGACGAUCACGUCAAAACGUUCGAAGACUAUAACACUUUCUUACCUCCAAAGGGGGUAAAAGCCGGUCAUAUUUUCGAUAGGUUUCUGCCGCCAGAUGACAUUCGCAAGAAGCUUGACCAGAUAAAAGGGCACCUUGUAUGGAUGCCGCUGGAUUAUUUAAAAGACGCGAACAUGGCCGAGACGGGGCUGCAAGUUAAUUCAUGGACUGAAAGCGUGUAUACGUAGGCGACCUCGUUCACCAGGAACGGGAUAUCUAGGUAUGUAUGGAAGAGUGCACAGAGCUGACGGUGGAUCUUCCUAUAGUAUCUAGCUAGAUCACAUACCAAGUGUUUAGCUUCGUCUAGAGUUCCUAAGUAAUCGAUGACGGAGACUGAUUACUGCAUAUGUUGGC